AUCUUCCCAGAAACAGACACCCAACGCAUAAUAGUAGAACUAUUCAUAGUACCCGUUGUUGUGGCCUUCUCCAUCACCGACGAUGAUAAGUAUCGGUGGAAAACCGUGAAACCACGCGUUAUCAUGCUGGGACAUUCAGUUGAUAAGAGAACUUUCACCAAGGAUAUAGCAUUGAGCAUUGAUCUUCAAAUUUCCCGACUAAACAUGAAGGCUUUACACGCUUUUUUUGCUAGUAAAAGGUUUUAUUUGCCAAAGACAUUUCCGGAUAAGUUACAUUAUACAACAGCAACCACCACCCCAAAUACCACCACUACUUUUAACCAAGAACCUGCAUAUCAAGAAUUAAUAUUCUCUGGCAUACAACCAACCGGAAUUCCACAUUUAGGAAAUUACCUCGGUGCAAUAUCCAAUUGGGUCUCGUUGCAAGGCACGGAUACAACAAGAAAAAAAAACCUAUAUUCGAUUGUAGACUUGCACGCGUUAACCUUACCACAGGAUCCUGAUAUACUAAGAGGAAGCAAGAAAAAAAUGGCGACAAUAUUGAUUGCGUGCGGGAUCGAUCCUCGAAAAAGUGUGAUUUUUGAGCAAUCAAAAGUACCGGAACAUGCUGAACUAGCGUGGAUUCUGAAUUGUAUAACACCUUUUGGGGAAUUAACAAGGAUGACACAUUGGAAGUCAAAAUUACAUUUGGACAAAAAUGUCAAAUCACCUCAAGAUAUUGAAUCUACAACUGGACUCUGUUUAGGAUUAUUUAGUUAUCCUGUAUUGCAAGCUGCCGAUAUCAUGCUGUACAAAGCAACCCAUGUUCCUGUCGGUGAUGAUCAAAUGCAACAUUUAGAACUUGCAAGAAAUAUUGCAAAAAAAUUCAACAAAGCUUUUCAUCCAAUAUUUCCAUUACCUAAACCGAUCUUAGUAUCUGGAAGUCGAAUAAUGUCUCUCCGCCAACCCACUCAAAAAAUGUCAAAAUCCGACACAUCCGAUUACAACCGCAUAAAUCUCACAGACUCGCCCGCUGAAAUCGCUCUAAAAGUAAAGAAAUGCACCACCGAUUCUUUUAAAGGAAUUUCUUACGAUCCGACCGAAAGACCGGCGAUUUCGAAUCUGAUUUCUAUAUACGCGGCAGCCAAAGGAAACUCGACGACGAUAGAGGAUGUGAUCGCCGAACAUAAAGACAGCGAUAUUGUGCAUUUUAAAGAUGCAUUAACAGCAAUUAUUGUGGCACGAUUGGUUCCAAUACAGAAGGAGAUUGAACGAUUGGAAAAUGAGAUGGGAUACAUUGAAAAAGUGUUAGAUGAGGGUGCGGAAAGUGCGCGAGUAAUUGCCGAACAAAGUUUGAGGGAGGUUCAACGAGUGGUGGGACUGCGUUGA